AACUCAAAUCAAGUUAUGUCGCGCGGAUGAGUAUAAAAGAGUCGGGUCCAUCACAGGGCAAAUCAGCUUCGUCGUCCAACAGCAGCUCCAGAAGCAGCAAUGAAAUCAACGAUGUUAUUGACGGUAUUGUCCUUGUUGGUUGUUGCUGGUACUGAAGCUAAGAAUGUUGGUACUCUUCCGGAGUUACCCGACGUUACGUCAGCUUCGCUACCCCGGAAACAAUGGCAAACACAGGACGGGCAGGGACGGGCCAGUUUCGGUUAUUCCUACCCCGGUCAGGCUGCCGUCACAAUUCGCGAUCCUGAUGGCAACAUGGCCGGUUCUUGGAGUUAUGUCGACGCCGAUGGUAACCUGGUCCGCGCCUCCUACACGGCUGACGAGCGAGGCUUCCUCGUCUCAUCCACCAACGAAAGGCGAGUGGCUCCUAAUGUCCUAUCCGACCUGAGCAAAGUGGGUACCGCUCCGAUAGUUGGCGCUUGCAACGUAGUCCGUUCAGAUAUCAAAACACCCCAGGCCAAGCUCAGCUCGUCUAGAUUCGCCAGAAUGGUUGGGAGUAAAGAAGCUUCCCCGAAUGAAUAUCCUUUCAUGGUGGCAUUGGUCGAACUAAAAGGCGAAGACUUGGAAAAUCCAGUCUACGAUUUGGCCUGCGGUGGAUCACUGAUUAGCCCGACAAAAAUCCUGACAGCCGCUCACUGCGUCACCCAGGACGACUCUGCCAAACCGAUAGACGCUUGGCGUUUCCAAGUCAGACUCGGCAUCCACAAGCAGACCAUGGCCGAAAACGAUGCCGAGCAAACGCGCAACGUCCUUAAAAUCAAAAUUCACCCAGACUAUGACGAUAAGUCGCUUGAUAAUGACAUCGCCGUUCUGACGCUGGACUCACCUGUAAAGUACACGAAGAAGGUCGCUCCCGUUUGCUUGGUGCCGAAAUGUUUUGAUUCUAAUGAACUAUCCGUAUUCGUCAUGGGCUGGGGACACACUACGGAUGGAGGCCUGAAUUCCCACGUUCUCAGGCACGCCUUCAUGCAUGUGGUCGACAACAAGCAAUGCAAAAUCGAUCUAGACGACGAUGAACUUGCCAACAAUGUGCUGUGCGCCUAUUCUGAAGGACAAGACGCUUGCCAAAACGACAGCGGAGGUCCGGCGGUUAUUGAGUUGUUGGACGACGAUAAAUGUCGUUUCAUGCAGGUCGGCGUAGUCAGCUACGGCGAUGAAUGCGCCAAGGGCACCCCAGGAGUUUACGCAAAAGUGUCGUCCUUCUUGCCUUGGAUUGAGGAGCACAUCUAAGCGUGAGCCCCACUCACGAUUCACGGCUGGACCUACUGGAAAACAGGCGCGACUUUACUGAUGUUGUGGAUUCUGCCAUUUGGACCUGGGUGAGAAUUCGAACAGCAGUUAAAAUGGUGGAACAUUUUUUUUAUCAAAAGUUGUUAAAUGUACUUUAUUAUCAUAUAAUUGCUCGUUUCGGUGAUGAUUGACGUCUUAUUUUAAUACAACUAAACCUAUUAUACAGCA